GCGUAAAUACUAUCACGUUUUCGGAGAUUGUUUUUAUAAUUAAACUCGUGCAUUGUACUUAAUAAUAAUAAUAUUUAUUUGUGUAUUAAUCUUGAUUCUAUAUAAUAGAAAGUUAAUAUAAAAGUGAAGAGUGUUUUAGAAACAAUAAUGGCGGAAGGACCACCAACAAAAAAAUUGAAGACUAUAGAUUUAAUAACCAAAAUAGAAAACGAUAGAAAGAAUGUAGCAGAUUCUGUGAUGGACUUUCAAUUUAAUAAAAAAAGGGUUAAAUUGUUAAAACAAUCAAAUAAUAUAAAAGAUUGUAAGGGUAUUUUGUAUUGGAUGUUUCGCGAUGCUAGGGUUCAAGAUAAUUGGGCUCUUCUAUUUGCACAAAGAACAGCUAUAAAAAACAACGUGCCACUUCAUAUUUGUUUCUGUAUAUUACCCAAAUUUCUUAAUGCAACAAUGCGCCAUUACAAAUUCCUUUUAAAUGGUUUAAUGGAAGUUGAAAAAGAAUGUAUAGAUUUGAAUAUUAAUUUUCAUUUGUUAGACGGCGAACCAAGUUCAUUAGUACCAAAUUUUGUUAAAAAAUAUAAAAUAGGUGCAGUUAUUACUGACUUUUUUCCUCUAAAAUUACCCAUGGGUUUUGUCGAAGAAGUAAUGGAUAAACUACCAGAUGAUGUUCCUAUGUGUCAAGUAGAUGCGCACAAUAUUGUACCUUGUUGGCUUGCUUCGGAUAAAUUAGAAUAUGCUGCAAGAACAAUACGCCCAAAAAUAAAUUCUAAGUUAGAAGAAUAUUUAACGGGCUUUCCACCUGUUAUUAAACAUGAAUAUUCUACGACAGAAUCGUUUCCAAAAAAUGAAUGGAAUAACGCGUUGAAAAAUGUAAAAGCAGAUAAAUCAGUAAAAGAAGUCGCAUGGGCGAAGCCUGGAUAUUCAGGUGGUAUUUUAGAAUUGGAUAACUUUAUAAAAAAUCGAUUAAAAGAAUACCAUUCCAAGCGUAAUGAUCCAGUAUCCGAUGCUGUUAGUCAUUUGUCGCCUUGGUUUCAUUUUGGUAUGAUAUCAGUACAGCGUUGUAUCUUAGAAGUAAUGGAGCAUAAAAAGACUAUUGGAAGGUCUUUGGAAGUUUUUAUGGAAGAAGCUAUUAUUCGUCGUGAACUCAGUGAUAAUUUUUGUUUUUACAAUGAAAAUUAUGAUAGUAUGAAGGGUGCCUAUGAAUGGGCGAUAGAAACUUUAAAUAAACAUAGAAAUGAUAAACGCGAGUAUGUAUAUAAUUUGAAUGAAUUGGAAAAUUCAUUGACGCAUGAUGAUUUAUGGAAUGCAGCUCAAAAUCAAUUAGUACAGGAAGGAAAAAUGCACGGAUUUUUACGAAUGUAUUGGGCUAAAAAAAUAUUAGAAUGGAGUCCAACCCCAGAAAAUGCUCUUGAAUGGGCACUUUUACUAAAUGAUAAAUAUAGUUUAGAUGGAAAUGAUCCUAAUGGUUAUGUUGGUUGUAUGUGGUCAAUUUGUGGUAUUCAUGAUCAAGGUUUUACAGAACGUGAAGUAUUUGGAAAAAUAAGGUAUAUGAAUUAUAAAGGAUGUCAAAGAAAAUUUGAUGUUAAAUCGUUUGUAGCAAAAUGGUCUAAAAAAAAUUCAAAAAAGAAUCAAAAAUUAUUCAAGUAAAUUACUGUAAAUUUAAAGCUUUUUUAUCUCUUUUUUUUGUAUUAUUGUAUUAUAGAAUUUUGUAUUAAAACCUAAAAAAUAAAAUACAUUACAU